CUGCGCCACCAGAACCUGGACCGAGGGUCUCCCGGGAGGCGCCCCCAGAACUCCCGGGCACUCACUGCGUCGCGCCGUGCCGCGCCCCGCCGCGCCCCGCAGCCUCACCUGUCGUCCAGACCUGUCACUGCGUGCAGGACCCAGCCCCUCACGCCCUCCGCCAGGCCCCGGCAGCGCCACCCGCAGCGCCGUCCAGGUCAUGGGCAGCCGGCCCCGCAGCCCCAGCGCCUACCCUGCGCCCUGUCCCGGACCGUCGACCGGAGGACCCGGCCCCGCCAAGCGCAGACGAACCGAGGAGCUUGCAGGCCUGGAGGGCCUGGAGGGGCCCCCAGCCGCCGGGGCCCUCACCUCGGUGGUGGUCCUGGCCACGGGAUGUGCCCUGCAGAUGUCCCUGGACGACGUCGACCUGGUGCUGGAGCCCGAGCCAACGUCGGUCCUGCAAGUGUCUGUCGGAGAGCUCACCCUGCUGCUGGUCCCCGAGGCCCUCCUGCGCUCAGGAGAGCAGGGCCACUCGCUUGUCGGCCUGGAACCCGGCGCUUUCCUGGGCGCGCCCGGGCACGACGCCGCCGUCGAGCAAGGAUUCUUCCGCGCAUCUGUCCCACAGAUGGCCCCCCAAGAAGAGGUCUACGAGGAAGACGCGGACCCCGCGUUCCUGCCCCCUCGGAUGGACCCUGCAGCCGGCUCCGUCGCUGGGCUCCGCCCCUGCGCGGGAAGCGUGGCCAACCCCUACCCUGUGGGCCAGGUACCAGAGCCCCGGUCUUGGGCCCCCACUCCUAGUCCAGAGAGACGCUCUUCUUUCCGCUACUUCAACCUGGACGUCCACCUUCUGGAGCCCUUCCCCAACUCGCCACUGCAACCUCUACCUCCCUCUCCGAGUCCAGGUCCCCACGCGCGCCCCCAGCGCCCUCCGGGUCCUUCUCGCAAGGCCCGGAGACGCCUGUUCCAGGAAUGAAUUGCCCGCGCUCCCUGUGCGCCCACCCCUCCCCCCGCCACACACACACGAUUCUGGCAACCCGCCUGGAGGCCCUAUGGCAUUCCCAGCACCCUGUGCACUGGAUAUUCCGCAACCUCGAAACUGUGCACCUCAGGUACAAGCAAUUCCUUUUUCCGUGCAGACUGGCCAUCGUAGCAGAUGAAGAUGUCAGAAAGAGAAAGGAUUCUGGAUCUUAUCUUUGAAGUCGAAAAUCUGCCCAGAGAUACCAAAGUGUUAUCAGAACUCUGGGCUUCUUUACAAGAAAGACCCCUCCAUUCCCCCUCGUUUUAUGUCAGUUAUUUUCUGUCAAACUCUACUCUUUCUCCAGCACUACACCGUUGGUCUCCUGGUUCUCCCCAAAUCAAGAAAUCACUGGAUUUCUCAUGUUGUGAGAUUUAGCCAUGGCUUUUCAAUUUCUUGGUGUUUCCACCUGCUUUUCUCGAAAACUGCAAAAUAGUAUGAUGGUUACCAUACAUAAUAGUAUAAUGUUUGUUCAUAGC